CUAGCUGACGUCACUUCCUGUUGAAGGACGACAGAGGACGCGUUACGAGCACGAGCAACAUGGACGGACAGGACACACGGAGAUAAAAAAAUAAAAUAAAAUUUAAAAAAAAGAAAAGAAGCUACGCCGAAAACUUCUCACUUCCUUGUCCGCGGCCGGAAGUCUGGAAAUGCUUGGGAGCCAAAUCUCUGCGUUUGGUGAGUGAGGUGUCCAUCUUCCACCAUGGCAGGCGACCUCUACUGCCCCCCAUCCCCACUUGGGGACUCCCUCCUGGACAGCCCCCUCUGUGCAGACCUCAUGGAGGAUCUUUGCGACAUCUCCCAGUCCAUCGGCGAAGACACCAUAGGGUUCGAUUUCCCGGAGUACCAGAGUCCAGUUGCCGGGUCCGAUGCACCCGACACCUUGACUCCAGCCUCCAGCCCGUCACCGGGGUGUUGCGGAGCUGCGCCAGAGCCCAGCGAGAGCGCCAGCCCCCUCAACUUGGAGUGCAGGGUGUGCUCGGACAAAGCCUCAGGCUUCCAUUACGGCGUGCACGCAUGCGAGGGCUGCAAGGGCUUCUUCAGGCGAACAAUCCGGCUCAAGUUGGAGUACGAGAAGUGUGAGCGCAACUGCAAAAUCCAAAAGAAGAACCGCAACAAGUGCCAGUAUUGCCGCUUCCAUAAGUGCCUCUCCGAGGGAAUGUCACACAAUGCCAUCCGCUUUGGACGCAUGCCCCAGGCGGAGAAGAUGAAGCUGAAGGCGGAAAGCAAGAUGGUGGAGAAGAAGAAGGAGGCCAGCCCAUUGCUGUCCGACCACAAGAUCCUGAUCGGGCGGAUCCACGAAGCCUACAUUAAGAACUUCAACAUGAACAAAGCCAAAGCUCGCCUGAUCCUCACUGGAACGACACGCAAGCCGCCGUUUGUCAUCCACGACAUGGAGACCUUCCAGCUGGCCGAGAGGACCUUCGCGGCCCACAUGGUGUCUGACAAGUUGGAGCCCGACAGCGACGUGCCGGCAGGAGUUCUGGUGGCGGCGGUGGGAUGCGGCCGACUCCAGCAGAGGGAGGCCGAGGCUCGCCUCUUCCACUGUUGUCAGAGCACCUCGGUGGAGACGGUCACCGAGCUCACAGAGUUUGCCAAGGCCGUGCCCGGCUUCAAGAACCUGGAUCUGAACGACCAGGUGACGCUCCUCAAGUACGGCGUCUACGAGGCCCUCUUCACGCUCCUGGCCUCCUGCAUGAACAAAGAUGGCCUCCUGGUGGCGCGCGGCGGAGGCUUUAUCACCCGCGAGUUCCUCAAGAGCCUCCGUCGGCCCUUCAGCGACAUGAUGGAGCCCAAGUUCCAGUUCGCCACGCGCUUCAACGCCUUAGAGCUGGACGACAGCGACCUGGCCCUGUUCGUGGCCGCCAUCAUCUGCUGCGGAGACCGUCCGGGCCUGGUGGACGUGUCCCUGGUGGAGCAGCUCCAGGAAGGCAUCGUGCAAGCUCUGCGGCUCCACCUGGUGGCCAACCACCCAGAUGACGCCUUCCUCUUCCCGAGACUGUUGCAAAAACUGGCCGACCUCAGAGAGCUGGUCACCGAGCACGCUCAGUUGGUGCAAGAAAUCGAGACGACGGAAGACACCUCGCUGCAUCCCCUCUUGCAGGAAAUCUACAGGGACAUGUACUAACUUAAAUAUCACGACCAGGUACACUUUCACUCAUACUGCACAAGAGAACUUUGUUUUAGGGAGAACUACUGUACUGUGAAAAGGGGGCCAUAUUUUACAUUGGAGACAGACUAAAGCAAUCAUAUGUAAAACUAUACAUAUAUAUAUAUAUAUAUAUAUAUAUAUAUAUAUAUACUCUGUUUCCAUAUGCGUUGGGAAAUUGUGUUAGAUGUAAAUAUAAACAGAAUACAAUGAUUUGCAAAUCAUUUUCAACCCAUAUUCAGUUGAAUAUGCAACAAAGACAACAUAUUUGAUGUUCAAACUGAUAAACUUUUUUUUUUUUUUGCAAAUAAUCAUUAACUUUAGAAUUUGAUGCCAGCAACACGUGACAAAGAAGUUGGGGAAAGGUGGCAAUAAAUACUGAUAAAGUUGAGGAAUGCUCAUCAAACACUUAUAUGGAACAUCCCACAGGUGUGCAGGUUAAUUGGGAACAGGUGGGUGCCAUGAUUGGAUAUAAAAACCCAUCCUAUCCAUCCAUUUUCUACCACUUAUUCCCUUUUGGGGUCGCGGGGGGCGCUGGCGCCUAUGUCAGCUACAAUCGGGCGGAAGGCGGGGUACACCCUGGACAAGUCACUACCUCAUCACAGGGCCAACACAGAUAGACAGACAACAUUUACACUCACAUUCACACAUCCAUCCAUCCAUUUCCUACCACUUAUUCCCUUUUGGGGUUGCGGGGGGCGCUGGCGCCUAUGUAAGCUACAAUCGGGCGGAAGGCGGGGUACACCCUGGACAAGUCGCCACCUCAUCGAAAGGCCAACACAGAUAGACAGACAACAUUCACAUUCACACAUCCAUCCAUUUUCUACCACUUAUUCCCUUUUGGGGUCGCGGGGGGCGCUGGCGCCUAUCUCAGCUACAAUCGGGCGGAAGGCGGGGUACACCCUGGACAAGUCGCCACCUCAUCGCAGGGCCAACACAGAUAGACAGACAACAUUCACACACUAGGGCCAAUUUAGUGUUGCCAAUCAACCUAUCCCCAGGUGCAUGUCUUUAUAAAAACAGCUUCCCAAAAAAUUCUCAGUCUGUCACAAGAAAGGAUGGGGCGAGGUACACCCCUUUGUCCACAACUGCGUGAGGAAAUAGUCAAACAGUUUAAGAACAACGUUUCUCAAAGUGCAAAUGCAAAAAAAUUAGGGAUUUCAACAUCUACGGUCCAUAAUAUCAUCAAAAGGUUCAGAGAGUCUGGAGAAAUCACUCCACGUAAGCGGCAUGGCCGGAAACCAACAUUGAAUGAACGUGACCUUCGAUAACUCAGACGGCACUGUAUCAAAAGCCGACAUCAAUCUCUAAAGGAUAUCACCACAUGGGCUCAGGAACACUUCAGAAAACCACUGUCACUAAAUACAGUUUGUCGCUACAUCUUUAAGUGCAAGUUAAAGCUCUACUACGCAAAGCGAAAGCCAUUUAUCAACAACAUCCAGAAACAACGGCGGCUUCUCUGAGCCUGAGAUCAUCUAAGAUGGACUGAUGCAAAGUGGAAAAGUGUUCUGUGGUCUGACAAGUCCACAUUUCAAAUUGUUUUUGGAAAUAUUCGACAUUGUGUCAUCGGGACCAAAGGGGAAGCGAACCAUCCAGACUGUUAUCGACCUAAAGUUCAAAAGCCAGCAUCUGUGAUGGUAUGGGGGUGCAUUAGUGCCCAAGGCAUGGGUAACUUACACAUCUGUGAAGGCACCAUUAAUGCUGAAAGGUACAUACAGUUUUUGGAACAACAUAUGCUGCCAUCUAAGCGCCGUCUUUUUCUUGGACGCCCCUGCUUAUUUCAGCAAGACAAUGCCAAGCCACAUUCAGCACGUGUUACAACAGCGUGACUUCGUAAAAAACGAGUGCGGGUACUUUCCUGGCCUGCCUGCAGUCCAGACCUGUCUCCAAUGGAAAAUGUGUGGAGCAUUAUGAAGCGUAAAAUACCACAGCGGAGACCCCGGACUGUUGAACGACUGAAGCUCUACAUAAAACAAGAAUGGGAAAGAAUUCCACUUUCAAAGCUUCAACAAUUAGUUUCCUCAGUUCCCAAACGUUUAUUGAGUGUUGUUAAAAGAAAAGGUGAUGUAACACAGUGGUGAACAUGCCCUUUCCCAACUACUUUGGCACAUGUUGCAGCCAUGAAAUUUUAAGUUACUUAUUAUUUGCAAAAAAAAAUAAAAAUUAUGAAUUUCAGCAUAAAAUAUCUUGUGUUGGCCCUGCGGUGAGCUGGCGACUUGUCCAAGGGUCCCCCGCCUUCCGCCCGAUUGUAGCUGAGAUAGGCACCAGCGCCUCCCGCGACCCCAAAGGGAAUAAGCGGUAGAACAUGGAUGGAUGGAUAUCUUGUCUUUGUCGUGCAUUUAAUUGAAUAUGGGUUGAAGAGGAUUUGCAAAUCAUUGUAUUUUGUUUAUAUUUACAUCUAACACAAUUUCCCAACUCAUAUGGAAACGGGGUUUGUGUGUGUAUAUAUAUGUGUGUGUGUGUGUGUGUGUGUGUGUGUGUGUGUGUGUGUGUAUAUAUAUAUAUAUAUAUAUAUAUAUAUAUAUAUAUAUAAAUUGCCUGACUAGUAUAGUGGCCAUUUGGUGUCAAACCUAUGUAACCUUGUAUAUUAUUUAAAAAAUGUGUGCUAUUUUUUUUUGCAUUUGAACAACCCUGCAUGAUGAUUGAAAUGUGACUUCUCAAACUACAAAUGAGGCUUUCAUAAAUAAAAUACAAAAUACUGA